AUGUGUUGUAAAUUGAAAGAUAUUGAUAUUAUUGGAUUCAAUUAUUAUCGAUUAGAUGAUGAGAUAUCAAUUGAUUUUAUGUUUUGGCCUAGAAAGAAGCAUAAUGUAUAUCUAUUUAAUCUAUUUAAAGCUGGAUCUGAAAUACUCAACUUGUCAACAAUUUUCAACUAA